AUGCCAUCAAUCUCAACUCUCAAUGCGAGUCUCUCGAAACCCACCCCAUUCUUCAGUCUCAAACUAUGGGUGGUGAUCACCAUUUGCGUUUCCCUAUUCAUUGUUCUAACCCUUCUCUUGUUGUCUCUCUACUUCAUCUUCUCGUGUCGCCACAGACGAAACAAGCCUCCCUUUGCUGCAUCAAAGAAGUCAUGUCUUGUUCCCAAGAACUUUCAUGGUUGUAGUAGUACAUCUUCCCUAGAUAGGAGGCUGCUGUCGCGGAAUGGUUCGGAGGUCGAGAUGGGCCGUGGCAAUGGCAAUGGCAAUGGCAAUGGCAAUGGCAAUGGCAAUGGCAAUGGCAUGGCUGAGAAGCUGGUUUUGGUGUCAAAUCAGUGGUGUGACAAAAGAAAGAGUGACCCUGUUGGGGAUUUAGGAUCGAUUGGGAAAUGCCGGUAUAUGCUUAGAGAAAUUGAAAUGGCAACGAAUGAGUUUGAUGAUAGUCAUGUGAUUGGGAGUGGAGAUUAUGGGGUGGUUUAUAGGGGUGUCUUGUUGGAUGCCACUAGGGUUGCUGUGAAGCAGUUGGUUUGUAACAGUGUUAAAGCUGAGGACUUUGUUGUCGAAGUGGAUGCGAUUAAGUCUAUUAGACACAAGAAUCUGGUCAAGUUGCUUGGAUACUGCGACGAAGGAAAUUACAGCAUGCUUGUGUACGAGUACUUGGACAAUAGUAAUCUGCACCGGUGGCUUCAUGGAUGGGUAGGCCGACAAGCUAAUUCUAUAUCGUGGACUACUCGGAUGGACAUUAUCCUAGGAAUUGCAAAAGGCUUGGCCUACCUUCACGAGGACAUCGAACCAAAGGUUGUCCACGGACGCAUAAAAUCAAGAAACAUACUGCUUGAUCAAUUGUGGAAUCCCAAGAUUUCAGAUUUUGGGAUUGCUAGACUAUUAGGUCGUGCCACGUCUCCUUUGAUGGGAAUGUCAGGUUACAUAGCACCAGAAUAUGCUGCUACUAGUGUUUUGAACGAAAAGAGUGACGUUUAUAGCUUCGGGGUACUUAUCAUGGAGAUUGUAUCCGGGAAGACUGCAAUAGAAUACAGUGGAACUGAACUAGAGGUAUACUUGGUUGACUGGUUUAAGACCAUGGUUGCAAACCAGCAAAUUCAUUUUACACCAGAUCCUAAAUUGCCCGAGAUGCCUUCCUUGAUCGAUCUCAAAAGGAUUAUUCUGAUUGCUCUUCGAUGUGUUGAUCCGGACGUAGAGAACAGGCCUCGAAUGGGAGAUGUGAUCCACAUGCUCGAGCCACGUGACUUGCUGCUCACACUUAACUGA